CUGAAGUGCCCCCGUCGGCUUGAACUUGGCUUCCUGAAGGAGGGUCUACGAACGAUCUUCACCCACGUGGCAGCGCUUAAUCAUAACAUUGCUUUAGCGCUCAAUUCAGCGCAGCAACAAGUUUCUGCUCGAACGAAAUGAGCAUGGGCGAGAGCUCUACCAGUGGCUCGCCCUCAUCUCAAUCUACACCUUCUGAUGCUUCCAUAUUCAAGAAAUGGAGUCGGACAUUUUCGCUGGUGACAGGAAUCGGCGUAUCUGAAGAGGAACGGUUGGGCGAGCUGCAAAAAUUCCAUGGACGUACAUGUGAGAAGUGGAAGAAGGAACUGAUGCAUUACAGUCCUUCCGUCGUUUUCAUGCUCAAACACCUUAAGCAUUCCGGAUGCCCUGUUUCACCCGAACAUAUCGUCUGUGUACCCUGUGACUUUGCGCGUUCGGGCGGAUUCAGUCCACAAGCUGGCGCCAUUAUAGUCUGCCAAGGCAAAUUUUUCAAUAAACGUCAUAUGGAAGACACGUUGGUACACGAGCUCAUUCACAUGUAUGACCAUUGCAAGUUCAAGGUUGACUGGAACGACCUGAGGCAUCACGCAUGCAGUGAGAUUCGCGCGAACAGCCUUAGCGGUGACUGUAGAUAUAUGCGUGAAUUGCGAAGAGGGUUUCCGUCUUUUGCCAAACAGCAUCAGGCCUGUGUCCGACGUCGCGCUGUGCUGUCUGUGCGUGCCAACCCUGCAUGUCCGGAUGAAGCCACGGCCGAACGAGCUGUGAAUGAAGUAUGGGAAAGCUGCUUCAAUGAUACUAGACCGUUUGAUGAGAUCUAUUAGACUAGAAUGUAAUACAUGCAUGGCUAGAGUAGAACAUGAUAAUUUAUUUCACUUGCUUCUUUUCUUGAUGGGAA